AUGCCUGUGCUACUCGAGCAUACGCUUCUUUCAUACGUUCCGAUAUGGAUUCUCAAACUCAUCUUCCCUCUUCAAGAGGACUUGAGACGUCGUGACCGAGACCUCAAAGUCCUAUGUCUUGGCCUUGGUCGAACGGGCACAGACUCCCUCCGCAACGCCUUCGGCGAGCUGGGCUACGACGAUGUCGCUCAUGGCUGGUAUUUCAUGACGGAAGAAAACAUCAAAACCGGCAUCCAAAUCGAACGCCUCAACCGCGCCAAAUACAGCUCCCCUCCCAACCGCUCCGCCCUCACCGCCGCCGACUUCGACAAAGUCCUCGGCCACUGCAUGGCCACCACCGACCUCCCCAUGGCGUCCUUCGGCAUCGAGCUCCUCCGCGCAUACCCCAACGCCAAAGUAAUCCUGAACCGCCGAUCCGACCUCGACGCCUGGCACCGCAGCCAACUCAACACCAUCGACAAAAUCAACAUGGACUGGGCCUCCUGGAGCCGCCAAUGGUUCGACGCCGAGGCGUUUUGGAUCGGCCGCAUGCUGUACUGGGUGCGGCGGGAGACGGAUUUCGAUUUCGCGCGGAAUGGGAAGGAGUGGUAUGCGCGGCAUUAUGCGGCGAUGGAGGAGGAGUUAAGGAGGCAGGGGAGGGAGUGGGUGGAUUGGGAGGUGAGGGAUGGGUGGGCGCCGAUUUGUUUGUUGCUGGGGGAGGAGGUGCCAAUGAGGGAGUUUCCGAAUGAGAAUGCGAGUGGUGGGUUCGAUAAGCGGAGGGCGGUGGUGCAUGGGAAGAGGGUGGAGAGGGCGGAGGCGAAGAAGAGGAUGGCGGCGAUUGUGGUCAGUGAAGUGAUGCUGGCAGGUGUUCUUGUCUGGUACUUCUUCUUCACGGAAUGA